AUGGGACCGACGGCCCCACUUUGGGACCGUUCUUUCCGGAAAGAGCCAGCCCUUCGAGGAGUUGAACUUAUGGGCACAUUGUCGGAUUUGAUUUGUUGCUACCAGAUGAGCUAUGGUGGCCCAAGCUUCGCAACCGAUCGAUGUACUUUCUAUACACCGGGACGUCAGAAUGCAUACCGUAACUCCAAAAAAACCGUAAAAGUUAAUACCCGACUUUCAUUAAAAUAUCUUACAACGGAAGUCACAAACUAUCACUACGAAAUUUCAGACACAAUUCUUGGAAAGUCUAAAAAUCACCUAAUUCUUGCACUCCCAUGUUUACCUGCUUAUAUCCGAACAUCUCCAAUUUUUAUCGCAUGUGAAGACUACACGUAUCAGCUUCUACUGAUGGUAUUUUUCACCACACUGGCAUGUUUAGAAGUUUUGUUUUUUGCAAUUUCCAUUGGCUGGCACUCGAUUCAACAACUUCGUACCAAACAAAUCUCGUCGAAAACUUUCAAAAUGCAACGAAAUUUCUUUUUCGCUGUAUUAAUCCAAAUCGGGGUCCCAAUGGUAUUACUACUAUUUCCAUUCGGUUACCAAUGGAUGGCUGUAGUAUGCAAUUAUUACAAUCAGGCAUAUAACAAUUUGUCGAUGAUCACCGAAGCGAUGCAUGGAUUGGUGUCUACUAUUGUUACACUUUUGGUGCAUCGACCGUAUCGGAAAAUAUUAUUUUCUAUGAUGACUAGACAUUUUGGGAUAUUUGCUCAUAAUGGAAUAUGCUGUAAAAAUAAGAGGAAUAUAGUUUCACCUGUAUUUCUGUACUGCUACGGUAUAGAAAUGCAAAGUUUUUCAGACAUGUUCUACUACCAAAGACACAGGUCGGUUGCUCGCUGGAGGAGCACCGUGAUAAGAGAAGAAAUUCGCUGGGAAUUGAGAAACGAAGAUUUUGUGAACCUCGAUACCCUUGUGUAUAUGGAUAUGGAAGUUUACUACUAUGAAAUUAAUGUCUAUAAAAUGGAUGACUUGCUAUCGGUUUCGUCAACGGUGUUGUUCGAAAGUUGGUUUCAUAAAUUUAUUUCGUCCCAAAUUUGGAAAAAGGCUAGAAUUUUGUGGAUAGCACUUCAUUAUUGCAGUCUACCAGUUCUAGUGUGGAUAGCGAUGGAGCAGGCGCCAGAGCAAGACAGAGCAAAGGAUAUGUUCCUAGAACUUCUUCCUCGCAUCCCAUCAGGAUUUAACACAAAUCACAUUUUCGUACUCACCCAAAAUUCAUUAGCCAUCGUCAUCGCAUUUACCACCCUAAUUCUGAUUCUGAUUGCUGAGAGCCUAUUCUUCACAAUGCUCACUCUUCUAUUCUCAUCUGAAAAUCCCAGAGUAUCUCAAGAAACCCUUCGGAAACAGUCUGGAUUCUUGGGCAAACUUCAUUUACAAGUUUUGAUUCCAAUUCUAACUUUAAUCUUCAGUGUAGCCUAUGGCAUCAUUUCUUCUUGUUUGGGUUAUUAUAAUCAAGUUUUGAACAAUUUAUUUGUAUCGAGUGCCGGAUUUCAUGGGAUUUUGUCUUCAAUAGUUUUGAUAUUUAUGUAUGAGGAUUAUCGAAAACUAUUUCGAAGGAACACGGUGAAGCAGAGCCCUGGCAACGAAAUGGCGUUCGAGAGAAGGAAUAGUGGAGUUUGGAUUGAUGCGAAUACGGAAGUCGGAACACAGUUGAAACCGCUCGUCACCACGGCACCAGAUGAGUACAAAUCAGCACAGGAGCUCAUAAGAUAUCUGGAGCAAGUAUUGGUGAAACACCCGGGAGUGGAGCGGGACAAGGAGAAAAUGGAAAGCGGCGAGCCGAUGAGGAAGAGGAUCAAGGAGGAGGAAAGUAUGAGUAGAAGAAGAUAA